AUCGCAACUAUCCUGCAUUACCACAACCACCCCUUUCAUUCGAUCCUCGGACUCGGGUUCAGCUGGUAUUUGGAAAGUUUUGGCCUUACCUGCCGAUGAUGCUUCGGCCACUACUGUACAAGGACCUUAACGAGUCUCAGAAGGAGCUUCGUCGGAAGUCCCUCGAUUUCAUUGGAUAUUCGGUGCUAUUCUCACAACUAACGGCAUUGGUGUAUGUCUGUAUCUACGCUAAUUUUCUGAGGCGUGGGGCUGUCAGGAGGUUGGAAUGGCGACUUAGGCACCGCAUCCUGGGAGGUAAAACUCCCAUAAGGGGCAAGGUGCAGAGUGUGGGUGCAGCUGUCGUUUAUUGGUCGUGGGCGGGGUUGAUGGUGUGGCUUUGUGUUAAGGAUGUUGAUCAUGGUAAGUGCCGUUGGAACUUGUUAAAUUUGGGGGAUACGAGUCGGGGGGUCAUGUAGCUUAGAUGAUUGUGGAUAAAAAAGAGGAGUAAAAGUUUGGUACGUUAAUAACUGAUGGGUAAAAUUGUAGACUAUCUCCACCUCACAAAGGCAUUCGGCAUGGCAGCUGCAGCAAGUCUUCCACUGAACGUACUUCUAGGAAUGAAGUACAGUCCAUUGAAACUAGUUUUUCCGAAUUGCAGUUACGAAGGACCGGUGAAUGUCGUCCAUCAAUGGCUGGGAAACCAGAUGUACCUACUCCUUACCGUGCAUGCUUGUUUGUACCUAAAGUUCUUCUGGGAUACUUCCCGCAUGAAGACCCGUUUGCUGGAAACGGACGUCCUCUGCGGUGUCUGCGCUUUUGGCAUCAUGGUUCAUUCCCUCUCGUCACAUCAGUCCCGGGCUUAGCUGACCUUCAAAGACAAUGCUGGUAACUUCCUCCCACCCCCUCGUCCGAAAAUCCUUCUACUCAGUCUUCUACAACCUCCACAUCAUCCUAUCGGUCCUCCUCCCACCCCUUCUGUACUUCCAUGUCAGCCACUCCCGCCCAUACAUGAUCCCCACCGUCGGGAUGCUAAUUGUCGACCGGGUCCUUCGAGUGAUGUUUACCGUGUCCACCACUGCAACGAUAUCUCUGGAUCCCCAGUCUUCAAUCCUGGAUAUAUCCGUCUCCUUCCCGCACAAACCGCCCCCAUCCGCGGGAUCGCACGUCCUACUUAACGUCCCCUCGCUAUCGCUGUGGACAAAAAACCCCUUCACGGUUGUCGAGUCUGGGAACGGACACGUGAGAAUGGUAGCGAGGGUCCGAGGAAACCUCACGAAGAAAUUGACAAAGCUGACCAAAGUCCCUAUAAACAUAGAAGGUGGGUACGGUGGGCACGGGGUCAGCAAGGAGUUGGUUGGCGGCGUGGAUAGAGUGCUUCUUAUUGCUGGAGGGAUUGGUGGGGCGUUCACUCUGCCUUGGGCACGGUAUUUGAAGGCCAACGGUGUUGAUGCGAGGUUUUUGUGGGCUGUUCCGAAAGUGGGUGACUUACUGUGGGCUGGUGAUGGGGUUGCUUUGGCUGAGGUUUAUAUCACGGGGGGGCAUAGAAAUGGUGAAGGCGGAUGCGGAGAUGAAGAAGGGAUGGAACUCCUUGAUGCGGGCAGUCCUCGGGAUGCGCUAAGCAUUCCCCCACUUAGAUUCGGCUCUGGAAGGCCGGAUGUCCGGAGAGCUGUGAGAGAGGUCGUAGGAAGAGAGGGGAGAGUGCUAGUCAUGGUGUGCGGCCCGGAUUUGAUGGCGGAGGAUGUUAAGAAUGCCGUAAGAAGUCAUGCUCUCACCGGCAGAAACGUGACACUUCAUAUGGAAGCUUUCGGACAUUAACCUAGAUUCUCUCGGGCGGUGUUCAUUUUCAUUUUCAUUUUAUAGAAUCCGACAGUCUGCCUUGGGAUACCAAUUCGUGUAUAGUUUCCAAAGUAGUAUGGUGAAGGACCUCUGUAGCCGGAACAGGCGGGCACCCAUUCCGGCUUAGUAAUGGUAUGCUGAAUUGCUAGGCUUGGGCUCAUUACUCAAACCUUUUGGUAAAUAUCAUACGGUAUCUUAUCAACUGCUUUGCCGAG